AUGGUUCGCUUUGGUAUUUUGACCGUCUUGCCUUUGGCACUUACUGCAAUCGCUGCUCAGAUUGAUAUCCCGUCUGUGGAUGCUGCUGUCUCUGCAGCUCUCAAGGAAUAUGGGAACUAUGAAGCAUACACUGGUCCCCAAAAGAAGCCCCCGGGCAAAGUGAAGAACAUCCAAACAAGCGCUUCGCUCGCCAGUGAAUCUUCAUUUUGGCUCGAAUCGAUAGCUCAUCAGGGUAUCUCUGCUUUUGGAGCUUCUGGAUAUCAAGUCUUUCGUAACGUCAAAGACUUUGGUGCGAAAGGUGAUGGUGUUACGGAUGAUACUGCAGCAAUCAAUGAGGCUAUUAGCAGCGGCGACCGAUGUGGACGGGAUUGCGGAUCUGAUACAACAACCCCAGCCCUGGUCUACUUCCCUGCUGGUACCUACAUGAUUUCGUAUCCGAUCUUCGACUACUACUAUACGCAAAUCAUUGGAGAUCCCACGAACAUGCCUGUGAUUCAAGCCACAGCAGGAUUCGAAGGCGGAUACCUCAUCGACGCCGACCCUUAUUUCACUGCUGAUUUGAACUGGCCAUCCACCGUCGUAUUUUUCCGACAAAUCAGGAACCUUGUCCUGGAUCUCCGCAAGAUCCCUGCAGACAACGCCGUGAGUGGCAUACACUGGCCAACAGCACAGGCAACUAGUCUGGAGAACAUGGUCUUCCAGAUGAGCUCGGCCCCUGGUACGAAGCAUCAGGGUGUUUUCUGUGAAAGCGGUUCCGCUGGCUACAUGGGUGACCUUGUUUUCAAUGGAGGAAAUAUCGGUGCAGCACUCGGUAACCAACAAUUCACAAUGAGGAAUUUGACAUUCAACGACGCAGUCACUGCCAUCAGCCACUUCUGGGACUGGGGAUGGACUUAUAAGAACAUCCACAUCAACAACUGCCAGGUCGGCAUUGAUAUUACCUCUGGGGGCCACGACGAGCAAAGCGUCGGCUCGCUUACCUUGUUGGACAGCUUCAUUACCAAUACCCCAGUGGGUAUUGUCAGUGCCCGUGAUUCUACCUCUCAGCCUCCUACGGGUGGAAGUGUUAUUCUUGAGAAUUUGUUCGUUGACAAUGUCCCCGUCGUUGUGCAAGGUCCGGGCCAGAAAACUGUUCUGACUGGUGGAACCAAGCAUGUCGAUGCCUGGGGACAAGGGCAUAGCUACACACCUAAUGGCCCUCAGACCUUCCAAGGCACCUUCACCCCCAACUCCCGUCCAGCAUCGCUCGUUCAGGGAGAGCAGUUCUAUGAACGAUCCAAGCCCCAGUACAGCAGCUUGAGCCCUUCCUCAUUUAGUAGCACUCGAAGCGGUGGUGCAACCGGUGAUGGAAAGACAGAUGACACAGCUGCGCUCCAAAAAGUCAUCAAUGAUGCUGCUUCCGGUGGCAAAAUAGUUUACUUCGAUGCGGGUACCUACCGCGUGACGAGCACUAUCAAAAUCCCAGCAGGCUCUAAAAUUGUUGGCGAAGCCUAUCCAGUGAUCAUGUCCAGUGGUAAUUACUUCAACGACAUGGGCAGCCCCAAGCCAGUCGUUCAGGUUGGCGCUUCUGGUGACAGUGGUCAGGUCGAAUUGUCGGACAUGAUUGUGAGCACACAAGGUGCACAGGCAGGGGCUAUUGGCAUUGAGUGGAAUCUUGCGUCUCCAUCUGGUAGUCCAUCGGGAAUGUGGGAUGUGCACGUAAGAGUUGGAGGGUUCGCAGGCUCCCGGCUUCAAGCUGCGCAAUGCAUUGCAACGCCGGAUACAAAUACCACCACGGCGAAUCCAGACUGCAUUGCCGCCUUUAUGCUCAUGCACAUCACGCCAUCCGCCACUGGGUUGUAUAUGGAAAACAACUGGUUCUGGGUCGCGGAUCAUGAUCUUGACGGAGACGGCCAGAUCACCGUCUAUAGUGGUCGGGGCAUGAACAUUGAAAGCACACAGGGAAAUAUUUGGCUAUCAGGCACCUCCGUGGAACACAACGUCCUGUACGAAUAUCAGCUGGCAUCAACCAAGAAUAUUUACAUGGGACAGAUACAGACCGAGUCAGCAUACUACCAACCCAACCCCCUUGCCACCACUCCAUUCCCAGUCGUCUCCUCCAUCCACGAUCCCGAUUUUGCCGCCUCCUGCGCCGGCAAAGGCAAGUACUGCAGUGAGGGUUGGGGUCUGCGAGUCUUAGAUUCGACCGAUAUCUUCGUCUACGGGGCGGGGCUGUACUCCUUCUUUGAUAACAAUAACGCCUCAUGCUCGGCCCAAGACUCGGGAAGAAGCUGCCAGGACUCAAUCUUCAGUCUCGAGGGCUCGUCUUCAAUCUCCAUCUAUAAUCUCAACACGCUGGGAUCAGCUAGCAUGAUUGAUAUUGACGGUGUUAGCGUUGCAGACCAGGCUGAUAACUUGAAUGUGUUCAGCGAAAAUAUUGCACUGUUCAGAAACUGA